GACGUGGGCAAGUUCGAGGCGGAAUCGUACAACUUGUCGCUUCCGAGCAGCGCGAACUGCUUUGAGUUGGCACGGAAGUAUGGCCUCGAGCACGGCGCUUCGCAAUUCCAGGUUCUCCUGGCUGCAUACUAUUGGGCUUUGCACGUCGCGACGGGCAAAAGCGACCUGGUAGUGUCCACAUCGUUUCAUGGCCGG